AAUCAAAAUAAUGCAGGACUGGUUGGGGAUUCUACACUGAUCAGUUUUACAUUAUGAGGUGCUGUUUCUGUAUCUUUGCUGCUGUACAGGAGUGUUUGUUGCUAAUCUUUUAAUAGUGCCUGAACUUAGAAAGACAAUAGAAAUCAGUACCCAAAUGAAGAAGUGUUGUUGCAGUUCCCUGAAAUGGAGCUGUUGGCUGAUCUUAGGUCCUCCUUUAGCUGUAAAGUGUAGUUGGAACUGGUUGGUGUUGGUGUCUGAAUAUCUUCUGAAGGUAGGAUAACCUACACUUUGUUUCAGGAAAGAGUAAUCCAUUAUUUGGCAUACAGGAUUAUUGAAGCUUUUCUCCUGAGCAAUCUCAGAAGAAAGGAAUAAAAUCGAUAGGGUUUUGUAGAGAUGGAAGAAAAUAAAUCCUGAGGAAAACAACAGCUUUAAUUUUUAUAUGCUCAUCUGUAAAUCGACUUUUGUUUUCUGAGAGAAAACUGCUACACCCUUGCACUGAGUGUAGAGGACAAUGAAAUAGUCUGAGAUUGUAAGAUUUUCCUACCCUGGUUUUAACUGCUGGCUGAAGUUAUGGAAGCACAAAUCUAGCACAAAUCUAAACAAGUUCUAGGGAUAACUGCUGGCAUGAAUAGAGCAUAUGUCCCAUGGCUUACUACAGAAUCAAGGAGUGUGUGCAGUGAUUUCCAUAGGCUCAGCAUCCACCUAUUCCCUAAUUUAGGUAUCCCUUAAGCUCUCCAGCACUGCCAGUUAAGACUUUGUAUAUUCAUGUGUUACACUGAGGCAUCUUAACUCACUAUAAACAUACCUUAUCCAUUGAUUUAACAGAAAAAUUUAAUUGGCACAAGUUUCCACACUGGUACUUGAAUUGCUUUGAAUAAUUUGUCUUUUUGUUUUAUUUUAAAGAUGAGGAAUUUUGUUUUUAAUGAUGGGUAAUUGGGACAUUGGCCUGUUUCCCUAAUAGACUUUAAAUGGUACCAUUCAUAUUUUAAACCUUUUGCAAGAGACAAUGUGCAACAUUCAUCUGUGUGGAUGUAUUUUUGAUAAAUAUGAAUAUUUUGAAGAAAUGGAGCAUUAGUUUUUAAAAAUGGGAUGUAUAUGUCCAUGUAUAUAUACAAUAUGUACAGUGCAAUGUAUGUUUUGUGAGUGUGUAUAUAUAUUUGAAUGGAAAAUAUAUUUGCAUUAGCAAGUUGCUGCUGAGACUGUGAUGAGCUAGUUCUGCUUGUACAUCACUUGAGCAGCAAAGGCUUCCCUGGAGCCUGCAGGCAGGGCUCCUGGUGCUCACCUGGCCCAGCACAGCAGGCACAUUGUUAAACCCUACAUGGAAAAAGGCUGCUGUUGUAUGGAACAGAAGGAUAAAAACCAAAAACCCCACAGUUACAGUAUGGUGCAGAUCAUGACUUGGAGAGUGCUGAGGUUGUUGCGAGGAGAGGCUUUGUCACAAGGUGUGUUCAUCCCCGUGGAGCAGCUCCCAUGCCCUCCCUCACGUGGGAAUGAGCGGGGCAGUGAGGCCAGGGAUAAGCUGGCAGUCUAAGCCCCGGGGAGCUGAGGGGUUUGUUACGUUGUAGCUGGGCUGCGUUAGCUCUGGGACCUGCUCCUGCUGCAGUUUGGGGUGUAAAGCGUCCCAGCAGCUUGGUGGUUGCACAAACUAGAGAACCUGUAAUAAUGGCCAGUCUUCGCGAGCGAAGAUCUGGGGAAGGUCUUUACACCUUCCAGCCUGCCCAUUGGAUUUUUUAGGUGAGACACAGUGUGCGCGGAACUGAGCCCACCCUUUAAUCCUAAGGUUCAUCUGCCGGGGCCAAGCGAGCUUGGAUGGUGGCAGCGAGGUCCUUAGGACGUAGAUGGGUUGCCUUUAAGGGCUAACGAGCCCCACCUGCCCAGGAGUGGCCCUGACCGGGAAUCGAACCCGGGUCUCGGCAGUGAUAGCGCCGCGCCCUUACCACUAGACCACCAGGGGCUCCAGAGAACCUGUGAUUCACAGAGAAAAGCCCUGGUCACAAAAACCUGUUGAAGAGGAAUAAUCAUGUGCUGUGGAGACUGCUCAGGCAGUGGGAGGAGCAGGUGUAGGAGGUGUGAGCUCUUCAGCCCCUCAAUGGCUUUGUCCUGCUGAUGAAGCCAUGGAACAUUGCCAAGGACUGGGAAUCCCUUCUUGGCAAACCUCUCUCCUAGGAGUACCCUUUCCUGGUAUCUCAAAUUGUGUCUUCUGCAAGUAAAAAUCUCCCUGUGUUUCCAUUCAUGCUGUCAGGCUGCUUGUUCUGGACCUGAAGAAACACUAAAUGUGUAAGGAAUAAAACCUGAUUCCAUGUACCUGUAGAGUACAUGUUGCCUGUACGUCCUCGUUUACACAGUGUUGGACAUAAACCAGUACAGACACUGUGUCUCAGAGGAGAACACUUCAAAUCACAGAUAUUUAGAUAUGUUUUUCUACCAGUAAAUGUUUGUAGUGGAGAGGUCUAGAAGUGAUGGAUGUCAAACUGACAGAGCAGGAAAAGGGAUUGGUUUAUUGCAUGUGGAUUUGAUACCAUGUCAAGUUGUUCACUGACAGUCACACUGUCUUUGGUUCUAAGCAGUUGACUGUGCUUCCAAAUGGAGAAAAAUACGAACUGAAGGUUUUAGAGGAAGGAAAAAAAGAAGACUGAAGACUGCCUUGAAGGGAGACGUGUUCCUGGUUACUCCCAUUUUUGAAACAAAGGGAAGAAAAAUAAUUAGCACAACAUGAGGAAUUUUUUCAGUCUUACAGUUUGGAAGAACCAGAAGGAAAAUACAGACAACGUAGUAGAAAAAAAAUUUGGGUUUUUUUUUUUGCACUACUUUGACAGAUAUCUUUUUUAAUGCAUCACUUAAAAUACUUUUGCUGGCUAAGUGCAGUUUUCUUUUGGUUUGCAGGGAACUAAGAUAGGAAUUGUCCUCUCUUUAAUUUCAUUAAUUGUUUCUUAUGUGUUUUUAUGAUGUAGGCCAGAGAGAAAGCUGCUGAUCUGUGGCUUUGAUAACAUUUACCUCCAGUAUCCUCUUACAGAGCUCUGCUUUUUAGCUUUUUUGGCCUUUUGUGGAACCAUUAACCAUUUUUUUCUCUUCCAAUUUUUCCACAAGAACGUAUUGUGGUUUUCCCCAGUCUUUUCUCUUGCUUGGUUUUGUGUGUUUAUUUUGUGCCUUUAUGGUAUCUUACUGAUCAGUGCAGCUCACGGGGAUUGAGCAUCACUGUGUCAUCCCAGCCUGCAUGGCAAUGAGGGGCUGCUUUCUGUUGAAGUGCUUGCAGCUAUGAGGUGUAUUUAGAUUGGAUAUUGGGAAAAGUUCUCUGCUCAGAGGGUGGGCAGGCCCUGGCACAGGUUGCCCAGAGAAGCUGUGGCUGCCCCUGGAUCCCUGGAAGUGUCCAAGGCCAGGUUAGAUGGGCUUGGAGCAACCUGGGCUGGUGGAAGGUGUCCCUGCCCAUGGCAGGGAGUGGAAUGGGAUGAGCUUUCAGGUCCCUUCCCACCUAUAGAAUCAUUCCCUGAUUCUGUGGCAUACACAGUCUCCUAAAUAUAAGCUACUGUCACUUACCUGCCCAGCAGUGAAGAUCUCAGUGUGUGUCUGAACUUUAGACUGUAAUAAAGUGCACAACAAAUUAAUUACAGGUAACUUAAAGACUGUUUGAGGAGGUGGUAAUAAGUUUCUCAGAAUGAAAACAUGGGAUUCCAGGACAAACCUCUGUGACUGUGCUUCGUAUGCAGCACUGAUAUCCCAAGAGAAAUCACGCAGAUGCCUAAAAUGAUUUGCCUGUAGAGUACUCUGAUAUCAGCUCUUUAUCAGAGUACUGGGAGACCCAGAAGUUUCUAGGCUUUGUCCGAAAAGAAUACAAAAAAACCAGCAGGAAGCAGUUCCUAAUCCCCUAUCAGCUUGUUGGUAAGCUCGUAUUAGGGCAUGAUCAGGGCUUGUGUCCCUGGUUCCCAGCUGUGCUGUGCACAGUGCCCAGGGCGCCGCACAGAGAUCGAAGAGCAUUUAAAGCAGUUAAAGCAAUCCAUGGAUCUCUGUGUGCUCUGCCGGCAGGGAUCGUGUGUUCCCAAUGCUCCCUGCUCUUCUCCUGCUAAAUGGAGUGUUUAAUUCCAGCUCUGGAGCUCACAGUUGCCCUGGGAGGCUGGCAGAGGACCUGGCUGAGGCUGUAAGAGUGGCAAACCUGGACAAGGGACAAACCCUGCUUGUGAUCAGGGUUGUGUGGGAAAGGGGAACUGUGGUGUCCCGUCUCAUUUCCAGAUCCACAGAGCAGAAAUGUCAAGGUGUGCUGCUUGAAGUCCAGGCUUGGGAAAGCUGCAGGAUGCACUGGAGUACUGGGAAAGGAGAGGGAAGCUGCCUGCCCUGUGCCUUUUGUUCUGCGGUUACUGCUGUCUUGCUGUGUUGCUUUGUGCUUCUGUCAGACUCCUCCAUGCAUGAAGGAAACAUCCUCUGGGUGGAGAAUGGCAGAGAAAUGUUAACUUCCCUGGAGCUGACGUUGGCUCUGCGAUGGACUGGUGUCCUCCUGCACCUGCUGGAGACACACACUCAGCUGAACCCCGGGAGAUCUCUCAGUGUCAGGACAAUGGGUUGCCUCCUGUAAUUACAGGCUGAGAAUUAGCUUCAGAUGGGGAAGAAUGCAACAAAGUGAAAAAUCUUUGAGUCCCUCAAUGACUAAGUAAGGUGUCUGUUCUCAUGGUUUAUCUGAUUUGCUUCUCCUGGAGCCAUGGAUGAGUACAGCCGCUUUGUGGACUGGGACAAAAUGGAUGUGAGUGCCCAGAGCCAGGACACGAAGGAGCUCAGCUGCACCGAGUUCCAGGAGCUCAAGCAGCUGGCCCGGCAGGGCUACUGGGCCAAGAACCACUGUCUGAGAGCCAAAGUGUACCACAAACUCAUCAGCAGCAUCCCGUGCCGCACGGUGACCCCGGAUGCGAACGUGUACCGGGACAUCGUGGUGAAGAUCGUUGGAAAGCGCAGCAGCAGCUCCCUGCCCCUGCCAGAGUUUGUGGACAACAGCCUGGUCCCCACGUACUGCCUGAACGCAGAGGGCGUGGGGGCGGUCAGGAAGAUCAUCCUGUGCGUCGCCAACCAGUUCCCGGACAUCUCGUUCUGCCCGGCGCUGCCGGCGGUGACCGCGCUGCUGCUGCACUACAGCAAGGACGAGGCCGAGUGCUUCGAGCAGGUCUGUCGCAUCCUGGCCUGCAAUGACCCCUCCAAGCGGCUCAUCGACCAGACCUUCCUGGCCUUUGAGUCCUCCUGCAUGACCUUCGGGGACCUGGUGAACAAGUACUGCCAGGCGGCCCACAAGCUGAUGGUGGCCGUGUCCGAGGACGUGCUGGAGGUGUACUCGGACUGGCAGCGGUGGCUCUUCGGGGAGCUGCCCAUGGCCUACGUCGCGCGGGUCUUCGACGUGUUCCUGGUGGAAGGGUACAAGGUUCUGUACCGCGUCGCGCUGGCCCUUCUGAAGUUCUUUCACAAGGUCCGGGCUGGGCAGCCCAUGGAGUCCGACAGCAUCCAGCAGGACAUCCGAGCCUUCGUGAGGGACAUCGCCAAGUCGGUGUCUCCAGAGAGGCUCCUGGAAAAAGCCUUUGCCAUCCGCCUUUUCUCUCGGAAGGAGAUCCAUCUGCUGCAGAUGGCCAACGAGAAGGCUUUGCAGCAGAAGGGCAUCACGGUCAAACAGAAAAGCCUUGCAUCUCCCAAAAGGCAGAAUGUGCACUUGGCGGUUCAUGCUGAGAACUUCAAGUCAGAAAUUGUCAGUGUGAAGGAGAUGCGAGACAUCUGGUCGUGGAUCCCUGAGCGAUUUGCACUGUGCCAGCCCCUCCUGCUUUUCACCACCUUGGAACAUGGCUGUAGCCUGAGCAGGUUCUAUUCCCACAGCGAGGGACACGAACCAACUCUUCUCCUCAUCAAGACAACAGCAAAGGAGGUGUGUGGGGCCUACCUGUCCACGGACUGGAGUGAGCGCCGGCGAGGAGGGAACAAGCUGAGCUUCUUUGGGACUGGAGAGUGCUUUGUGUUUAGGCUGCAGCCAGAAGUGGAACGCUACGAGUGGGUGAUCAUAAAGCACCCAGAGCUGGCCACGGCUGGUGCAGAGACAGAGAACCAGAACCACUCCUCUCCAACUGGCAGCACCCUGUGCUCUGGCAGCGGCCCCCCGGAGCCCUCGGAGCGGCUCUCGCCCUUCCUGUCAGCGCGGCACUUCAACCUGCCUUCCAAAACCGCCUCCAUGUUCAUGGCGGGCAGCAGCGAGUGCGUCAUCGUGGGAGGAGGUGAUGGGCAGGCUCUGUACCUGGAUGCAGAUCUGAACCACGGGAGAACCAGCCACUGCAACACUUUCAAUAACCAGCCCCUGUGCUCUGAAAACUUCCAGAUCUCGGUGCUGGAGGUGUGGGGCUUCAGGGACACCAUGAAUGGUUGACAUGACUGUCGUUAAUCAACUAGUUUUUCAGUUGUCCGAGGAUUCCCAUGGAAAUUGCGAGGCAGGAGCCACGUUAGAACAUCCUGUGUGCUGGGCUCAGUGCUGUCAGUCAUUCCUAAGUGGUGCACUUGGAUACAGGGCCUAGUUGUUUACUCUUAUUUUAGACAGGUCAAGGUGAAGCAAUGUAUCUGGUCAACUCCUUGUCUCUUUACCUCUAGAGCUCUGUAUUCAGGCCCUGUUAUUAGGUAGAAAUGAAAAUGUGAUGAUUUCAGACCCAUCAGGGUGGCUACAGGUCCAUAUCACGGGAUGGGUUUGGAGUUUGCAGUUCCCUGGAGGCACAGCACUGGCUGAGCUGUGCUGCAGAGCUCUGAGCCACUGGCACCAGUACCUGGCCUGAGCCAGGAAUAUCAAAUGUCUUCUCACAGGGAAACCUGCUCAUCUCAGAUUUGAUGCAGAACAGUAGUUCAUAAAACCAUUGCCCUACUCUGAGCAGACUUUGUGCAGACAAGUCAGUACCAUGAAAUUAUGAAGCUCUUAAUUCACACCAGAACCAUGAUUGCUAAUCCUCUCCUUAUACCAGAACCCUUGACACGUCCCAGUUGCGUCUGUUUGAGGACUCUGCCUCUGAGAGAGGCAUCCAGGCAGGACAGGGAUAUCUCCAAGGCUUGGUUUUGUUUACAUCCCUACUCCAUAUCAGUGUGAAGACUUCAGACUGACUUGUGUGUCAGGCAACUGAAAGCCAGAGCAUAUCUGCAGGGCUUAGAAAUAGCCCUUCCCUCAUCCUUCCUGGGAGCUGCAAUGGAGCUUUAAAUCUGAGAAUUACUGUGCUGAUGUCCCUGUGUGUUUGGGCACUUGGACAUGGUGACAGGAGCUUCGUGCUCUCCCCACAGGUGAAGGAGGGGAGGUGGGAGGGAGAUCCUGGGAAAAGUAGCAGUUUUCUGCCAGCAUGUUCUGAUAGGUUUUGUUUGAUGCAAAGAGGCUUUUGCUCAUUCCUGGGCAUUCCUGCAGUCCUCUUUGGGCAUUGCAGGUGGCAUGUAGUGUCUGGAGGCAAUUUCCCAGUGUCUUUACCCAAAACUUACACUAUCAUCCGUGGAACUUCUCCCACAUGAAGCACAAAUACAUAAACAUCAAUGAGUAAUCCAGAGUAUACAACAGGAUGCUCAAAGCUUCAGUGAGUAACUCUCCAGGAAGAUUUAUCCCAACAGGUAAAAUGAAGGGAAAGAGAAAUUGCUGAUUUUUUCAACAGUUCGGUCUAAAAGAUUGCUGUAAAGUGGGAGAAAUGUUAUUUCUACUUAAACUUGAAGUUCAUUAAAAGGAAAAAUUAAACAUGAAAAAUGUUAAAAGCUAGGCUGGACAGGGUCACGUUCAUGUUCAGAGGUGAGACUUUGGUGGUGGUGGCUUGUCCAGCUUGGCAGCAGUGACAGUCCCAAAUGGCUUGGCAGAGGGCUGCCUCUUGCAGAGUAUAUGAACAAACUUGGCAAAAAUGUGAUUUGCUGCUUAAGGUGCCAUUUUGAAUUUUUGUGAAAAUAACUCUCUGAAAUAUUGGCCUAUGUGCAGAACAGUUUAGGGUGUCUUUUGCAGUAUUUGUAUUUGCAACUGGAUUCUCUCACCCUGUCUGAGGGUCAGCACUGGGCCUCCCUUUUUCCUCCUUCCCACUCUGAGUUCUGUCCAACUGUCUUUUCACGGGUUUACCAUAGGCUGGAUUGAACUGGGAGAGAUAAUGCAUUUAUACUGAUGUAUUUAGAUGUGGGAGAACUCAGUCAUAUCAGGCUUUUUGCAAAUGUAUCCCAUUUAGUAGGUUCUCCUCACUAUAGGUGAGACUUCACUUUUGUCUGCAUCUUCUCUUUUGAGCUUAUAUGAGGUGCCCUUGGUAAAAAAACCAACUCAAAACCACAAUAGCAAUAAUUUCCAGGUUGUUGUGGGAAAUUCCCUGGAGCUGUGUGUUGUCAGGAUUUGUGGGAGUUGAAUAUUACACUCCAAAUGAAUAGGUUUUAGCUGCAGAAUAUUUGCUCAGUGUGAUGGGGUUUCCUCACUCCCAUCCCCACUGGAUGCAGCAAUGGCAAUACCUUGUCUAAAGCCAAACCUAAGAAACAUUCCUCAGAAACAUGUUCCUUUCCCUGCCCUGUUCUUAGUACACAGUGAUUUGGGUGUUUGGAAUCAGAAAUAACUCCUGAUUGCUCAGAAAUCCAUUAGAGGGAAUCCAUGUGAGAAUCCAAGGAGCAGUACUGGCCACCAGGCACAGGGUUGGGUUGGUUUGACAGAGGUGUCUGUGGGACUGCUGUGUGUGGUUUGAACUGGAAUAGCCUGGAUAAGCAAGAGGCUGCAAUAAUCCAGGAGAGGAGUUGUACAGUCCUGUGGCAUCUUCUCACAGUCCUUGUGUUCAGUAAAAAUGGAUGUUCCUUGUCACGUGCAAAUCCUCAUCUGUCAUUCCUGUAGUGAUUGUGAGACACCUGAGAGGAACAAGACUUGGGCUUCUUCCCAGUAGCAAAGAGGCAUUUUUCCUCUCUGUAGUUAAUGGCUGUUGCUGACCAAGUGUUUAUCAAAGUUUGUCACAGUUUGUCACAUGCAAAGCCCUUGAGGUGGAGGCCACAGGCUGGUUUUGAAGACAAUGACCACAAUGGGCUCCUUAUCAGAAAGUUCAGGUUAUCUCAAGUGCUCCAGCUGUGAAGUGCUUUAGUCAGUUGUUACUUGCAGCUCUGGAGGAGUGUUGGUGUAGUUUGCAGUCCCUCUUUGUGGUCCCCCUGGCAGCAAUGACAGCAGAGUGCCAGGGGCAGGGGAUGAACCCUUUGUGGAGCUGAGCUGGGCCUCAGCCACCACAGUCCUGUAAGAGCAUGUCUGCCUUCCUGAGAACCUGCUUGUGCUGUGGCAUAUUCUUUUGAAAGCAGAAAAGAUUCAAAACUCCUGACAUCAGAAACUUGACUUCAUUGUGAAUGACUUUCAGGCUGUUUGCAGGUCAUGGAAACUGUUUCGAGCUGCAGCCAGGCUGGACAGACUACACUGCUCCUGAGCCCUCAUUCCUACAGCUCCUGCGCCUUGACACACUCCUUUUUCUGACUGAAGCACGGUUAUCAGCCUCCUGUUAAUAGAGAGAUGGGAAAAAUUCCCAUUUCCUCUCUGGUGACAUCAGAAGUGAAAAUGGAGGGGGGCCAGUACUGUUCUUUAAAGAGUUAAACCAUGCCAACAGAGGUCUGUGGUUACCCAUGGAGGGGUGGCACAUGCAGAUCCUUCAACUGCUAUUUGUGUGUGUGCAUUGAAUUUGUGUACUUUCUCCUUGGAAAUCCAUCCUCAUUUUUGGUGGGGAAUGAUGUCCUCCUGAGCACAGGGGCACCAGUGCCACAGCCAGAGGGACAAAGAGCUGAGCUGCAGCUCUGCUGAGUGACACCCGAGGUGUGGGCUCUGGAGACGCCUUUGUGCCAGCUCUCUGUCCUGAAUUUCAGACUAUUCAUGGUCCUGUUGAGUGUAUGCACUGUUUGGGGUGAUGUUCUCUCAGAUGAGUGGUGGUGUGCUGCUGGUUUGGUUUUCUACCCUCCUCUGGAAUCGCUGCCCUGUGUCAAUGGUCCAUUUGUCCCUGUGCAGAAUCUUGGAUUAUAUUAAAGGUGUUUGACUGUG